AUGGGUGACCAAGCGCUCAGCUUCGUCAAGGACUUUCUGGCCGGCGGGAUCGCCGCCGCCGUCUCCAAGACGGCUGUCGCCCCCAUCGAGAGAGUGAAGUUGCUGCUGCAGGUCCAGCAUGCCAGCAAACAGAUCACGGCCGAUAAGCAGUACAAGGGCAUCGUGGACUGCAUAGUCCGCAUCCCCAAGGAGCAGGGCAUCGCCUCCUUCUGGAGAGGCAACUUGGCCAAUGUCAUCCGGUACUUCCCCACCCAGGCCCUUAACUUCGCCUUCAAGGACAAGUACAAGCAGAUCUUCCUGGGCGGAGUGGACAGGCACAAGCAGUUCUGGCGCUACUUCGCAGGGAACCUUGCGUCCGGGGGUGCCGCAGGAGCCACCUCCCUCUGCUUCGUCUACCCGCUGGAUUUCGCCAGGACCCGGCUGGCGGCUGAUGUGGGCAAAGGAGCCACUGAGAGGGAGUUCUCUGGCCUGGGCGACUGCAUUGUCAAGAUCUUUAAGUCUGAUGGCUUGAGGGGCCUGUACCAAGGAUUUAGUGUGUCUGUCCAGGGCAUCAUCAUCUACAGAGCAGCCUAUUUUGGGGUAUACGACACGGCCAAGGGUAUGUUGCCUGAUCCAAAGAAUGUGCACAUCGUAGUGAGCUGGAUGAUUGCCCAGAGCGUCACUGCAGUGGCAGGGCUGGUUUCUUAUCCUUUUGAUACUGUGCGACGUAGGAUGAUGAUGCAGUCUGGCCGAAAGGGAGCUGAUAUUAUGUAUAAGGGCACAAUUGAUUGCUGGAGGAAGAUAGCUAAAGAUGAAGGCUCCAAAGCGUUCUUCAAAGGUGCCUGGUCGAAUGUGUUGAGAGGCAUGGGCGGAGCUUUUGUAUUAGUACUUUAUGAUGAAAUCAAGAAGUAUGUCUAAAACUUAACAUCAUAAUGCAGUAGUUCAAUUGUUCUCAAUCAACUUUUUUAAAAAUACGAACUUGUGGUGUAAUGGACAACAAAAUAUUUCCUAGGGAAACAGAAUAAAAUUUGAGUAACGUAUCUGGCAGAGAUAAGGAUGCAUUAAUUUAAAAAUUGUCCACAACAUCACAGUUACGUUUUUCUAUGAGAAUUCCUCCACCAUUUGUAUUAGAACCUAUGUAUAUAUUAUACUUCAAAUUGCAGGUAAUAGAUUUUGUCUAAAGACAAAAUAUAUGUGGUCUAUACCUAGUCUAAAAUCUAAUAUUGUGAAUUCUCAAUAGAUUGUCAUAAAUAUUUAUUACACUAAGUAAUAUCUCUAGCUACCCAACACUGUGAUGAUGUAACAUGAAUUAAAAUCAUGUUUUCUUCUAAAGCUCUAUUUUUUAAUA